AUGAAGCGGCCGGCAGCUGCAAAGCGGAAGCUGCAGGAAGUUGUGCCGGCGGAAAAGCCGGUUGAGGAAGAGGCGAGGCCGCCGCCACGCGAAAUACCGUGUGGCGAACUUUCGCUUGGGGAGCCCUUGUCGCACUUCGAUGCAGCUUGCAGCAUCGACGAAUUGGACUUUCAAGCGCGGCGAAUAGGAUUCGAUGCCAACUCCUUCCUGGAGAAAGGCUAUGCCGUCCUCAAUCCACUCUGGAGUCCGGAGGAGGUCUCCACAGCGGCAGCGGCCGCCCAUCAGGUGAGAAGAACGAAGGGGCGUGACAGUAACAAUGAGUUCGUCUGCCUGCGGCCCAACAUCCGCAACCAGCGCUCUGAAAAGCUGAUGCUAUUUUCCCUCAUCAAUCGUUAUAUUCCUUUUCUACAUCAACUCCUGGACGGAUUUCUCCUUCCUGGUCACAACAGCGCCCCCUACGAUCACCACAACCAGGUGCAGGUCGCGGUGAAGCAGCCCAACUUCGAGGGCUACGCCGACCUUCAAGGCAUGAGAAGCCCGAACAUUGGCCACGUGGACCAGACAAUUUCGCGGCAAAAGACGCAGGGCCAGCCCAUUGCAAACUACUCCGUUCUUUUUGGCGUCGUUUUGGGUGGCGAAACGGGCACCCGGGAUGAUGCUGGGAACCUCUGGCUCGCGCCGGGCUCCCACCGGAAACUCCAAGAGGCCUUCUGCAAAUUCGACGGACCGAUCGGUUGGCAGACAGAUAUCGCGGCCAAGUACUUGGGGGACGAGGCGCCCGCCAUGGUUCCGGUGAGAGCGUCGCCGGGACAGGCCAUCAUCAUGCACCACCAGACGAUCCACGGAGUGGGCCCGAAUCACGCAGACCAAGCGAGGGUCAACGUCUACUUUCGGGUGACUGCGAGCGGCCGCGGUGCUGGAAAGAAGGUGCACUAUCCCGAAGCCAUGCGGGACAUCACCAAGGAGUCGCCGCAUCUCCGUCAGCUAGCAGCGAGACAGAAGCGCAGGAAGAAGAUUUAA